AUGCUACCCAACACAGGGAAGCUAGCAGGAUGCACACUUUUUAUCACUGGUGCAAGCCGUGGUAUUGGCAAAGCUAUUGCAUUAAAAGCAGCGAAGGAUGGAGCAAAUGUUGUCAUUGCUGCAAAGACCACCAAUGCACACCCUAAACUUCCAGGCACAAUCUAUACUGCUGCUGAAGAAAUUGAAGCAGCUGGAGGAAAGGCCUUGCCAUGUAUUGUUGAUGUGAGAGAUGAACAGCAGAUCAAUAAUGCAGUGGAGAAAGCAGUCGAGAAAUUUGGAGGAAUUGAUAUUUUGGUGAAUAAUGCCAGUGCUAUUAGCUUGACCAACACAUUGGAAACACCUACAAAGAGAGUGGAUUUGAUGAUGAAUGUCAAUACCAGAGGCACCUAUCUUACAUCUAAGGCAUGUAUUCCUUAUUUGAAAAAGAGUAAAAUUGCUCAUAUCCUCAAUCUCAGCCCUCCAUUGAACCUAAAUCCAUUGUGGUUCAAACAGCACUGUGCAUAUACCAUUGCUAAGUAUGGUAUGUCUAUGUGUGUACUUGGAAUGGCAGAAGAAUUUAAAGGUGAAAUUGCAGUCAAUGCAUUAUGGCCAAAAACAGCCAUACACACUGCAGCGAUGGAUAUGCUGGGAGGAUCUGGUAUUGAAAGCCAAUGUAGAAAAGUUGAUAUCAUUGCAGAUGCUGCAUACUCCAUUUUCAAAAAGUCAAAAAACUUUACUGGCAACUUUAUUAUCGAUGAAAAUAUCUUAAAAGAAGAAGGAAUACAAAAUUUUGAUGUCUAUGCAAUUAAACCAGGCCAUCCUUUGUUACCAGAUUUCUUCUUAGAUGAACUCCCAGCUGCAGUUACCAUGAAAGAGGACUCGCAAGGUGCUGUGUCAGCAUUCACAGAAGGCAAGCAGGAGCCGCAAUCCAAACCACGCUCUGGACCUGUGGAAGAAACAUUUAGAAUUGUCAAGGAGUCUCUCAGUGAUGACAUUGUUAAAGCCACUCAGGCAGUGUUUCUGUUUGAACUCUCAGGUGAAGAUGGUGGAACAUGGUUCCUUGAUCUUAAGAACAAAGGUGGAAAUGUUGGCUCUGGAGAGCCUGCUGAUCAGGCAGAUGUGGUGAUGAGUAUGUCUGCUGGAGACUUUGUAAAAAUGUUUUCUGCUCAGUAA